AUGGCAAAGCAGUUGUCGCAGCCACAGCCAUUAAAUUUGGAACUGGCAGCAUCUCAUAGCGACCAACAUGGCACCAAAUGCGAGGAUGGGUUUCCCGCAAUUCUGCAAGGCAAGAGACUCCUGCUCGCGACGGAGUCCCUUGGUCCGGUCAACGGUGUGAGUCGCACCACUCUCAGCCUCGUCGAGUACCUGCGACGCAAUGGUGUUCAACUCGCGAUUGUUGCUCCUCAUUCCAAGGAAACAAGACUGCGACCCAAGGACAGCAAUAUCCCGGAGCUGCGACUUCCUGGGUACCCACUCCCUUACAACCCUGACUUGACAGUUGUCUAUCCCUUUCAGCUCGAAGAUGUUUACAAGCGCACCUUCAAACCUGACAUCGUGUACCUGGCCAGUCCGGCAUCUACUGGAUUCCAGUUCUUGCUUCAAAUCCGACAGCUUCAGGACCCUCCUGUUGUGUUAUUGAAUUUUCAGACAGACCUCUCGGCAUACAGCGAGAUUCUUUUCCCUGGCCCCGUUGCACGAUUUUCUGUCUGGUUACUGGGAGUGGUACAAGGCUUUCUUUUCAGCCACCGCAGCGUCCAUACAAUCUUUUAUCCUUCGUCAGGUAUUCGCCGAUAUCUCCUCAAAGCAGGUGCUCCCAGUAGUAGGCUGGUGCAGCUUGGACGUGGAGUAGACACUGCCCUGUUCCAUCCUUCUCGGCGUGAUGAGUCAUAUCGCAAGGAGCUUGCUCCCAACGGAGAAUUGAUCCUUGUCUGCGUUUGCCGGUUGGCGCCGGAAAAGGGGUUUGAGUUUUUGGCGCAAGUCGCCUCCAAGUUGAUGGAACAGGACUUUCCUUUCAAACUGGUCAUUGUGGGUGGCAACCUCAAUCCCGCCGUUGAGAACGACGUUCGUCAGCUGUUCAAUUCGACCAAGGAGCAUGUUGUGUUCACUGGACUCUUAACAGGCACCAGCCUCGCCCGUGCCUACGCUUCUGCCGAUGUCUUUCUUCAUUGCUCCAUUACGGAGACCUUUGGAUUGGUAGUCCUCGAAGGCAUGGCGAGUGGCGUGCCUGUAAUCGCACGGGACGAAGGAGGCCCGUCCGAUAUUGUUCAGCAUGCAAAGACGGGUUAUCUAGUCGCCCCUCACGAUCUGGACACAUUCGUUGAACGGGUUCGAGGAUUUUCUGACGCAACUCUUCUGGCGAGCAUGGCAGAAAACGCCAGGGAGUUCGCCCUUGAAACAACCUGGGAUAAGAUCAACAGAAGGGUCGCUUGGCAACUUGCUGAAGGGUUGCAGGAGCAUUUGCGAAUUCAACAACGGAAAAGGCCCAUUCGGAAUUGGUUGGUUAAUCGAUACUAUGACUUCAAGUCAGAGGUAGUGGUACCCUGGGUGGUAGCUUUUCGACUCCAUAUCGCUAUCAUGCUGGUGUACAUUGUUUGGAUGAUGGCUGCGGCCGUUUUGUUGCUUUAUGGAAACAAGCUGAUUCCCAAAAAUUGGCAUUUCCUGCAGAACAUGCCUGUGGUGAUACGACAAGGGUUCCGUCGAUGUUCAAAACAAGGAUUACGAGAAUUGUUGCAACAGCUCUCGAUAUGAGGAUUAUGGGCAUUCAAGCCGCAAAUGGGUCACGAAACUGCGGUGCGCUUGAAACCCCAUGGCGGGCGGUGUAACAUCACCGAACACGAUCAGAAGACCCAAAGUCUACGAGCAACGAGCUCUUUUCACUCGCAAGAGUGUUCAGACUGUCCACACGCACCUCACUGACCAAAAGCGAUCACAG